AUGAGGCUCAUAUUAGGGCAAAUAUCAAACCCUCCCAGCAGCAUAUCCUCGAACAAAUUGAUUUUAGGCAGAUCUAGCUACAACACAGAAAAUUUUCGACCGGCAAAUUCUUCGUGGUUGCGGUCUCAAAUCAGCUUAUCGACAUUCGGUCACAGCCAGAGUCAGAGUCACAGUCGUGACAUAGCUAUUAACGCUAUCGCUUUUUCAAUUUGUUCUACAUCUUGUCCCGGUAACUUGCGAAGCUUGACAUCUGAAGAAUACAAGCUUCUCCGAGUAAUCUUCCCUGAAACGAAAGCCAUUGCAGUAGCUCCCCCAUACCUCGUUAUCCAGGUUGAAUCACUGCCGUCGAAGCCGUGGCCGACCAGCAUCGCAGGCGCCCCCUUGUUUUUGACCACAUCAACUGAUUUAGGUUACUUUCAUCAAUCUCCGGGCAUCGGUCCAAGUGUUCUAUCAAGCAUGCAACACUCAACCCAUAAGCCUACGGCAAUUUUGAUGGCUGUUUUCCAGGAACUUAGUAUGGCUAGUUUGAAUGUUGAAUCUAUCACUCUCUAUGGAGCGUUCAUCGCUAUUGAGCUGAUCGGCGACGCCAAGUUCGAAGCUUUGCCGAGGAAGAUUGCGAAUAUGUCUGCUGAGUACGUCAUGAAGACUAAGCCCGGAGUCAACAGUCUACCUAUCAACUGCAAUGAGAUCCUACCUCGAGGCUUCUUCGAUGGUAUCGCGACUGCAGAUGAAGUGAAACUUGGCGGCGACAUUAGCAUGAAUUCUCGUUUCUCUGGCCUCUGUGAAGGAAAAAUUCUAGGAAUAAAAGCGCAGUUCAACCUUGACAUCAACUCAGAACAGCCACCACAGGAUUUCAAGCCUAUCAUCUCAAUCUGCUACACUUUCGGCAACGGACAAGAAAGAGCUUUGGAUGGAUGGUAUGGGUCACCUAUCAUUGAUCAAGACACAAACAAGAUUGUCAGCUUCGUCGGAAAAGCCAACAAGGUCGAUGGCGUCGGCUACAGUGUCUUGGCGGAAGAAUUUGUCGGUUUGGUCAAGAGAAUCUGA